UAUAAAAGACCAAUACUUAUAGACUUUAAGGCCACAGCUUUUUCUCGAAUAGCGUAAACUGCAUGGAUCUUUGGGGAAAUAGAACAAACAUUUGUGUGUGACUAUACAUACUGCACCAAUAUUCAUCACGCUUACAUCGCCGCUGUGUGUAUAAAUUAAGUUUGUUGACAACUGAAAAUAUAAACUAACCAAGUAGAACUGGAUCACCUGUAAUCAAGCUUGAACUGUACAUCAUCGCCACUGUUAAGGUGUUGAGGUCGAAAGCAGCCAAGUUUCAAAAUGCCUCUGUCUAACCACCUGACUGUCUUUGUGUAUUUGCAAUUGUCAUUGACAAUAUUUGCUGAUAAGAAUUCAACGAAUAUUAGUGGAGUGGAUGGAAAGAAUACUAGUUUUAUCUCUUGCAAGACCAUUCAAUUCGAUGAGAUAAAAUUGGCAAAAGUGUUGCAUCUAAUGCGGGAACCUGCCAUAAACACCGUUGAAAUAACAGUGACCGUUGCUUCCGCAAAUAGAACUCGAAUUUUUCCCGAAAUGGUGUGGCCCUGGGCUAGCGAAAUUGGUCGAACUUUAAUUUCUUUGAUUUCUCGCGCCAAAACUAGUAUAUUCGCUUCGUCUUUAUAUACUUUUGCUUUAGAAGUCGGAGUUGAAAGAGUUGUUAUUGAAGUUACGGAAGAACCCAUUGGUUGUUUACCCUCCGGAGAAAAAGGAUCUAAUCAAAUCUUUAAACUUCUUUUGAAUGAUCUGUUUUUUCACAUGGAAGAUAAUUACAAGGACAUGUAUUACAAAUUGUGUCUUCCUCAUCAUGUUGAAGGACCUUCCAGAUUUAACUGUUGUCGAAUAAUUGGUAAUAGGACAAUCUGUGCUGAUUAUGAUUCCAUGGUGCUCAAAUGGGCUCGCCCAGGCUCAAUAGUCGUUGUGGCAAUAUUCGCUAUUACGAUGUUACCUUUCCUACUAGAUCACAUAAUGACCUAUCCAGAAAUAACAUUUUAUAAAACAUCUUUCAGUCAUAUGUCUCUUAUUUCUAUUAUUUCCAUGAUAUUCUUUGAAGGUUAUGGACAUUUCAAAUCAUUUCUGAGACGGUUUGUGUUUGUUUUGCUCACAUUAAUUGUGUUUCUUCCGGUCGAUUUUUUUGAAUAUUCCUGUUUAAAAAUUUUAUUUUCUAUCUGGGCUGCUCUGUUUUGUCUCUACCCUGACAAGCAGAUAACAAACGGAGAAUUCAACAAACAAAAAGAUAAAAAAUUAAAACCCUAUUUUGGCAAAAACCUAAUCUUUUGUUUCACAUUCCCUAUUCAUCUUCACGAAAACUACCGCAAAUCUAAAGACAGAACAGACGGCGGAUCCGACAAAUCACACAGAUCGUGCAAGAAACUAUUUUCCAAAUUAGGUGUUUACAUACUUGUUUUCAUUUUAGUAAUUAUUUGUUCUUUAAUAGUGUAUCCAUUCAUUGUAGGCGUUUUUUUAAUCAUAUAUGUCCUUUUCAAUUUCCCAUUAGGUUUUGUUGUUCCCCAAACCAGUUUUUGUAAACAAUGUUUUCUAAAAGUUAUCGAAUUCAUUUUCGGGACUAUUAUAAGAUUGGUAACUUUGGUGGUUAUGGUCUUUUUCACUGGGUCGAUUCUUAUAUUUCUUCUCUCUAUAACUGUUGGGUUGAUUCUAAAUGGGGCGUUCUUCAAUCCUUUCAUUGCUCCCAUCGUCACUCUAAUAGUUUUUUUUUGGAAAAAUUGGAAGUUCUCGGUUGAAGCACGAUGUUUGCAACUUAAAACGUUAAUCACUGAAGUUUGCGAGGAUAAAAUGGAGACGACGGGCACGGACGAAAGCCAUGCUAUUUCUAACAACGAACCAGAAUCAUCAGAAUGGGACUUUCUAUUCUGGUGGAGACAUACAUGCAUUGAAGCAAGUCGUUGUUCAGAUAGCAAUAACAGUCAGGAAAAUGGCGAAAAUGUUGAAAACAAUUACAAUGGAGAUAAAUUACUGGCUAUCAAAUUUGAAGAAAAAACUGGCGUGACAAUGAUAUCAAAGAAACUUUACGAAGAAAUCAGCAAAAUAAUUUUUCCUUUGGACUAUCUUCUAUUUCAUUUUGUUCGAAGAUUUUUUUUCGUAUUUGUUUACGCUUUCCUUAUGUUGAUUGUCUUAAUUCUAGCGAAGGAUUCGGGGAUUAUGGAGAGUGUUCAAGCACUCAGCGCUAUUGUUGCGAUCUUACUACCGUUCAUUUUUGACACAAUUUACGCUGAUCAUCAUACAGCACAGAAGACCGCGGUAAAUAUGGCAACGAAAGAAAAACUGGAACAUAUAAUAUUGAGAGUUAAAAAACAAAAAGAGAACUUGUUUCUUGUUCAGUUGAAAUAUCCCAACAAAUUUUUCACACAAUUGUUAAAAUCAAUGGAACAAUCGCUUAGUGCAAUCGAAAAAUUGAUUGGAGAAAAUGUUCGAACAAUCGAACCAUGGUGGCUAAUAACGGAACAAUCGUGGAAAGCGAUCGAAUGCUCGUGGCAGACAAUGUUGUCAACACAUCAACAAUUAGAGCUCAUAAUACAACAAUUAGAGCUCAUAAUACAACAAUUAAAUCCCACAAUGCAACAAGAACUUUCAGCUCCUACAAUCAAUGCAACAAGAACAGUCAGAUUAUUCAAUGCAAUAAGAACAGUCAGAUUCUACAAUGCAACAAGAACAGUCAGAUCCUACAAGGCAAUGCAACAAGAACUGUCAGAUCCUACAAUGCAACAAGAACAGUCAAAUCCUACAAUGCAACAAGAACAGUCAGAUCCUACAAUGCAACAAGAACAGUCAGAUCCUACAAUGCAACAAGAACAGUCAGAUCCUACAAUGCAACAAGAGCGGUUAAAUCAAACAAUGCAAAAAUUAGGGAUCACCGAGCAACAAUUGAAACUAGCAGCCGAAAAGUUGAAGAACGGGCAAGUGACGAAAAAUAUCAAGCAGUCGUGGGACAAAAUCAAACAAUACCUAGAAUCAUGGAAAAAAAUCAAAGAAAUAUGGGGUGGGAUCAAUAUACAUGGUAUUCAGUUGGAACAACCGUGGGACGAUUUUAUAAAAUUCAAAAAAUCAUUUGAAAAUUUCAAAGAAUCAUGGGAAAGAAAUGAAGAAUUAGAAUUUGAACAAAAUUGGAGAAUAAUUAAAAGCUGGGUACUGAAUGAUAGUGGCCAAUUGGACAUGCAUUCCUAGCCUUCCCUCCUGUCAUUCCUAACCUGAUCGUGGCCAUAACGAUGGUAAAAAAAUUGUGCCAAAAUAAGUGACUAUUUCAAUUUAUCGCAAACAAAAUUUAUGGGGUAGCUG